AACCCGUUAGUACUGUUAGUAGACGAUGUAGAUCAGAUGUAAAAGCACUGUUAACGCUGUUGCCGCUGUUAUUGUUGUUAUUGUAGCGUCGAUAUCACACUAAUAAACAAUAUAAUUUUUAUAAUAAUAGGCUAACAAUCGUUUUAUUUUUUGUUUGGUUUUGUUGUUAUUUUUAUAAUACUAUUCGAUUAUCGCAGUGAACGCGGUCCGCGUACAUUUCCGAGUUUCCGUGCUGCACGUAACUACCAAAAUAUCGUUGACCAUGCUCCCGUCGAAAGUCUGACGUUCGGUGGUAUAUUUAUAUACAUACAACGGUUUUAUAAAUGGGCGCCUCAGAGGCACUGGAAGAAUUUCCGCCGCCCGCGGUCCCGGACGACGGGUCUCCACGGCGGCGGGAACAGCAGCCGCAGGAGCAGAAUCAGCAGCACGAAGACGGAAAUGAUGCACACGACGAUGAAGACGUGUUGACCAUCGAACAGGCUCGGACCGUGAUAAAACAGCUGCGAGACAGAUGCCGGUUCCAGACACACCAGACGCUGUUGUGGAGGAAAAAAGCCAAAAUACAGGAAGAACGGCUGAAGCAGAUGAGUUCAGAGUACGGGUCCCGGCUGGAGUCGUUGACUUCGGACCUGCUGUUGUUUGAGUCUCGGCUGAGCCGCAAGCAGCGGGCCAUCAGCGAGCUGCUAGACCAGCGCGAGGCGAUCAUCGAGCGGCAACAGCACGCUAUCAGGUGUUUGCACUCGAGGCUUGCCGACUUCGGCGUGACCGCAUCGGUGCCAGGAUGCUGUGGAGGUGGUGGCGUAGGCGGCGGUGGUGGUCCGACGUCCGACGACGGCAACGUGGACGACAGCGACAGCGCCGUGAUCAUGGAGGAGGACGAGUCGGGCAACAGCCAGGAAGACGCGUCCGAACAGUCAUCGCAUUCGCGGAUGGACCGGCGGAGGACUUCGGUGACGUCGGCGUCGGACUGCUCGGCGGACGGUCGUCUGCCGACGGAAGACGGACGGGAGACGGACGGCCGAGGUGCCGAGAACGAGACUGCGACCACGUACAAUCGGGUGAUGAGCAACCACCGGUCGGUGACCAAACCGAAGGACGUCAAAUACAAGCGCAUCAAUAAGGCCAAGUCCAAGUCUCUGGAAGAACUCCGGGGCCGACUGAAGAACUGGGUGGACCGCGGACAGCGCAUGUCGCUCACAGUCGACCCCACGUACGGGUGACCGCGGUGGCCGGCCGUCUCGGGCCUUUUGGACAGACUGCGGCCAGCCCGGAAGACUGCGGCAGCGAAGACCUGCGACGAAGUGUGACUUGGCGCGGCACACUUGAACUAACUACCAAACGAAUCGUAUCGGCCUGCUUGGAAACAAUAUUAUAUAAUAUUAUUAUCGGGGCUGGAAUUUUAAUGCCUAUAUAGGAAUCUCAGAAAAUAUUCUAAAAAUUAAAUGCAAAAAUGCUUUAAAAAUCUCAAAAAAUACACUAUAAAAUAUGUUUCAAAGUGUGUUUAUUAUCAUUUAAAAAGUCAUAUAAUGGAAAUGCGUUGUACCAUUAUAAUUUUUUUUUAGCAUAAGAAGUGGUACAAAGUAUACUUGAUUUAGUUUAAUUAGUAACGUCUAAAACAUUUUUUCCAAUUAUGGAGCUACCAUUUAAAACAAUUGAAAAAAAAAAUUAUAUUGCAUCAAAAUCUCAGCCCUAAUCAUAAUUAUUAUCAUACACUCGUUUCAGUAUUAAGAAAUAGCGAUGUUUAUCAUACUAAACAAAUAUUUGUAUUGUAGUCAUUAUUAAUACUACGUAAAAUCAGAACAGAAAUCGUUUAAAUAAAUAAUUAUAUUAUAUCAAGUACCUAUGUAUUAGGUAGUACAUUUUGAAUAACAACAAUAAUGUUUCUUUAUAAAUAUAAUUUGUCUAAGUUGGUCGACAUUUUUCAAUAUGAUUCUUUCCGAUAAUGUUUCAAACGUGUUUUGCACUAUAGUUGGACCGUUUGACUAUUUCGAAGACUAUUUGUUUAGCCCAUCCGUUAUAAUAAAGGUCGAUGAGUGCGUUUGAAAAGUUAGACUUUACGUCUUAAUACGUCAAAAUAUAAAAUGUAUUAUACCUAUUACCUAUUAUAUUAUCGGCUUUGGAUGAUUCGGAGUUCCUAACGCGCUACCACCCCUCGGCGACAACAUGUCGCACAGGAAGUGAUUUCAUUAUUACUAGUAUAAUAAUUUUUAUGUUUUAUUGUUGUAUUAUGUCCACUAUUAUUGUUAAAAUCGUUGAAAUCUUACACGAUUGUCAUUUAUAUAAUAUACUAUUAUUUAUAAAGUUAUGCAACGCAUACUCGUACAUGUACAAUGAAAUAAAUAAUAUUAUACUUAAUUUUCAACGAUAAAGUGUACAAUGAUAUUUAAAUAUAAUUAAUACGAAUAUAAUAUAUUUGGAACAUGUAUAUUAUUACUUACGUUGCAUAUUUUUGUUUAAUUUUGUUGCGUUUAAGUUUGCGUACACAUUUAAGCACGUUAUAUUAUUGUGUUCACGAAAUAUUUUAUCAUAAAAUCAUAUAAUUUAUGUAAUUUUGUAUUUAUAUAAAGUAUUGAACCCAAGUAAUUAUAGUUAAUAUUAAGUUUUAACGAUGAUGAUUAAAAUAUAACUCAAUGAUAUUAAUAUUAUACAAAUGCCCAAUAAUUGUAAGGUACUAAUAAGUUUAUUCUUAUUCGAGCCAAAAUCACUUUUUUUUAAUUCUUAAUAAUAUUAUAUGUAACUAUAUAUAUAUAUAUAUAGUAUAUACUCUUAACAUACCUGUGUAACGACAUAAAGCCGUCCAAUAUAGGUGCAAUCUUUCUAUUAUUCAAAACAAUAAUAUACUAUUAUUAACGCUAAAAGCUUAUAACGUUCGAAAAUUUUUAUAUUUAUACUUAAAAAAUACUAAAAUUUAUAUAUUUAUAUACAUUAUUAUAUUAUACAUAAUGCUUUAAUCAGUGUGAUACUUGAGCUCUAUUUUUGAUUACCCAUUAAUGUAAAACAUAACUUUUUUGUGUAUAUAUGAACCAAAGAUAAACAUUAUUUGUAAUGUUUGAAUACUUGUACAAAAAGUGGUCUUCAAAAUGCUUCAUACUCGUAUAUUAUUAAUUUAUAAUUUAAGAUAUUUAUAUUUAUGCUCUAUGGCUGACGUUCAAAAUUUGCAUUUUAAUGAAGUUCAACAAAUUAUGUUAUA